CUUCAGGCGGCUUCAGUAGAGGACGAGCGUCGAGGGAGGGAGGACGUGCUGCGCCGCCGCUCCAGGGAACAUGGCCGUCAGCUACCUACACGCGACUGAUGCAGGACACUUUUCGGGCUACACCAGCGACUCCUCCGCCAUGGGGGAAAUGAACAACCUGAUAAUGGACAUGUAUGAAGACCAGGACAAGAAUGGCUGUGAGUCCAAGAGGGAGAGUGUUGCAGGGAGGAGAGACAAAUUGUUUGCCAGCAACACACAGACAGGCACAGACACAGCAGCAGCAGCAGCCAAGAGUCAGGAUUAUGUCCCGCAAGUGAAGAGGCAAACAGGAUGCGAAGGGUUGAGCUCCGCCGGCCAUGCCUCGGAGGAUAGCCUGGAGGCUCUCUGUGGUGCCAAGCUCAGCAGGUGGGCAGAUGCAGAGAGACAGCUGACACAGACACAACCUGGGAGGAACCACUGCGAGUUAUGGGUGACUGCUGUAAUCUCGGGCACAGGGUUCUUCGCCUUGACCUGGGAGGAGCGGAACAAGGCUGAUAUUAUAAGGGAGUGCCUCGUCGACCAGAUGGAGGAUGCGCCCACUAUGUGUAAAGGAAUGGUGGCUAGGAUGAUCUGUUCACUCUGGGUUGACGAGAGCUGGGAACGCGUUAAGACCAGGAGACGCUGCACCAGGGAUUUCUGCCAGUUCAGGAAGGAGAAGGAGCCAUUGUCCCCACAGGAAUACUGGCACGUGACCCUGAUGGAAGUGGGGACCUAUGUGUGCGUCCCCCGUUCCCGGCUAUAUGUCAUCACUGGGGAGUUAGCCGAAGAACGAUGCCAGGCCAAGCUCUAUUUUCUGAGACGCAUCCUGCUGAAUGAUGAUAAGACGAACAGUGAGAUGGCUAUGAAGUAUCUGAAGGAGCUGCUGCAGCCUGACACCAAGUUGAAGGUGGAGAUGUUCCAGCCAUGGGGUCGAAGAUGGACGCACGUGGAGGUUCUGCACGGUGAUGGCUACCUGAGUGAUAUACUGGUGGAGGCCGGCUUUGCGAGGUACAGCAGGCCCAGGAAGCAGCACGACCAGAAGGAGAUGUUCAGAGCAGCCAUUUGCAGUUCGCAGGACCUGAUAUCUGUAAGCUCCAUCAACAGCCAUGCAUCUCAUCACAUGGCACCCCUGCAAUACAAAAAGUCCGACCCAGAGAACUACACUGUGCCAAAAUUCAUGGACUUCAUUAACCAUGUGAUUAAACAGCGCAAGACGACUGCCCACCUGACCUCCAGCUGGUCCACACUGAGCCAAGCCAUGAAGGCACAGAGCAAAGAGAGGUUUCUGCAGUUGCCAGGGCUGCGUCAACACGGAUAUGUGGCUCUCAAUAAAUACCAGAUUCUCUUGAGGAAACUGAAGAAUGAAUAUCCACAUAUCCAUGAGCUGAAGGACUUGAAGGAGUCGUACUACAAGCAGUUGGAAGGAGUGUUCGAGAAGUGGAAGCUCAAUUACAUGAUGGCUCAGAAGAAGACAGACGAAGCCAUCGACGUCAUCGCCAGUGUUUUCCUCGGCUUCACAAACGGAAACGUCGGACUUGGAAAUUACACCAACAAAUGCAAAAACUUGGAAACUGCCCUGACUAAUGAAGCCACCAUCCUGCAUAAAGGGCAAGAGCUGGCCCAAAUGGUAGUGCCUGCUGUAGCCACCAAACUGAUGCACACCAUUGAGAAACUCGAGAGCUCCUCCAUGGGCUGCACACACAUGGGACAAAGGCCACAGACGCUGCACCAGUUCAUCAAGAGCAGGAGCAGUAGGAACAUCACUCCCUUGACUCUAGAAAUCCUGGCCACAGACAUUCUAAAGGACUUGAACCAGUACCACAUGAGGGGGAUCGCAUACCAACACCUACACCCCGGCAAUGUGCUUGUAACGAACGGCCAUGCAUCACUUAGACCCAUUGACAGUCAGACGAAGUUCAGCACUGGGGAAGGCUGGGCAUUUGAGAGAUUCAAUUAUGCCAAACCCUUGACCAAAGCAGAUGAUGUGUUUAACUUUGGCCUGCUGUUGCUGUGGAUGGCCUGCAAGGGGGACAAGUACUACGACUCCAUCAUGAAGUACUACUGCAACAUGGCCCUGAUCAAGAUGGCCAUGGCUAAGGACCCAGACCAGCGCCCUCUCGUGGAGUCCUUGCUCUCCACCAACAGCCCCAUCUAUCGCUCCAACCAUCUGUGGCAGAGGACGCCACUCAACAUCUACCUCACAGAAGUCUUCAGCGAGAGGGUUGCCAUCAAGGUGGGGGAGGAGAACGUUUGCCAGUCCUUGGAGAUGGAGGCUUGUGAGUUCACUAGCGAUUCGGAAAGCUUGCUGCAGCCACACACCAAGGAGGAGUCAGACAGUGAAAACCCUGGUGUGGAGGCUACCAUCAGUGAGCCACUCAGCCCGGCCAGCACAGAAGGGGGAGCCAAAGAAACCCUGCCUCCCCGCAUCCCAGUAGACGAUGACUCGCUUGAUCUUACAUUGAGUGACGCUUGCCCUUAGUUUAUUUGACCAUGUCCGUCAGUGAGCCACUCAGCCCGGCCAGCACAGAGGGGGGAGCCAAAGAAACCCUGCCUCCCCACAUGCCAACAGAUGACGACUCGCUUGAUCUUACAAUGAGUGACACUUGUCCUUAGUGUAUUUGACCAUGUCCAGUGUAUAAA